AUGGAGAACACACGCUCGGCAGCAGACACUUCUGCAUGGCAGAUUAAAGAUCACCUCUUGGCCAUUCUGCCCGCUGGGGUGCUCUUCGGUGCCACUGUCGCUAUGAGGCUACCGCAGCACCCUCACCUUGAUGUCGUAAUUAUAUCUCUGUUGGCCGUGUCUGGACUGGUUACUGUCUUGGUACAUGCAUCGGCCUUCCAACAAGCACGUCUUGGUCGCGUUGCGAUCUUGGUUGCUCUUGGUUGCGCCAUCUCUCGAACACGGUUUUUCGCCGAAACCUCAACAUCGCUGAACGACUUACCAACAAUACUCCGGGAAUACAUUUUCAUAAUGGGAGUGGUUGUGUUUGUGGUAGCUAUGAUGGCACCUAACGCAGAUGAACCCAGACAACCGUCUGAUAGCAUCAUUAAUGAAGAAAGGAUGCUUAUACCAGAACUGCGAAAUACGCGUUGCAAGCCAGGCACAAAACAAUCAUGGGACCUAGCCUCUUCCAUAAGCCACUUGGAUCUUCUCUCCAACCUAGGUUCGCUGGACCUCAAAUUUAUGCCAGGACCCAAAUCCCACUACUCGGACCAUUCAGGAAGCGGAGAGUCUGCGGUCACGCUCUCCUCUGGUCUUAUGCGUGACCCGAGUAAGCUCAUGGAAAUCAUCCAAUGGGUCAAGGCUGCAGCUCCGCCCUCAUUCGGAAGAAAAGGAGAUUCAACAUCAACCGAAAGCGUGCUGCACGAGGUUUCAGUCUGGUGA